AUGGGCCAUGGCCUGGGGAUGCGUCGAUGGAAAUUUCCGCCAAGAACCGAACCGGCAGCUGCCCUCGGUGCUCACAAUGCGCUCGGCCAAAGACAAACUGUCGAACCGCAGCUGCUGGCGUGGCGGAUGGGAAAUCGCGCCAAGAAUCGUGCCAAGACCUGCAUGUCACCAAAGGACUGUCCGGAUGCUGAAGCGUAA